GACGAGCAGACCGACGCUGACUACGUAUCUGCGCCGAGCAGCCCGGCUCUGCCCCCCAGAUGGACCCACAACACACUGCACUGGACUGGGUUGUACCGCGCAACGACCAGCAGGGGCGCUGUUCAGCAACGAUUGAUGCUUUUGAUUCAUCCCGUGCGGCUGCAUAAGAGUCAAGCAAACAUCAGACGGAGCCCGGAGAAAAAAAAGCAGAGACUGAACGUGGGGAGGGGGGAGGUGGGGGAUAGAGUGUUUGUGUGACACAGAGAGUGAGCGAGAAAGAGACGGAGAGCAGGAGAAAGAGACGGAGAGAGUGGAGCCCGUGAGCUCGUCUCACCUCCUAAUCAGAUUUCUUGGGGGAACUAUCAUCGACUGGCGGAGGAGGCAAAGAGGAAGGCGGAACAAGAAAGACAGUACCAUCGUCCCGGCUACGAGCUUCUCCCAUCACAAAUCUGAGCCUCAUACAUAUGACAGACAUGGAUGCCCCCCUUGUCACCCCGUGCAAUAUCCGGAUCUGUGAGGUGACCUGUGACUCCUUCCGCAUCGUGUGGGACAUGACCCCAGAGGACACAGCCAGAGCCACACACUUCUUCAUUGACCUGAGCCGCAAAGAGAGCAAGGACCCCAACCGCUUCAAACACAGGGACGUGCCGACCAAGCUGGUGGCCAAGGCGGUGCCCCUGCCCAUGGCCGUCAGGGGCCACUGGUUCCUCAGCCCCAGGACCGAGUACUGCGUCGCGGUCCAGACCGCCAUCCGACAGCCGGACGGCGACUACCUGGUGUCGGAGUGGAGCCAGGUGGUGGAGUUCUGCACCGGAGACUACGCCAUGGAACACCUGCAGCAGCUCCACGACAAAGCCAAGGGCUCGGCGGGGAGGCUGCUGAAGUUCUCCGUCUUCUACCGGAACCAGCACCCCGACUACUUCGACCACGUCAGGAAGGAAUGCGGCGGGCUGAUGCAUCCGGCCUUGAAAGACAGCAGCGGGAGCCACGGGUCCCCUGUCAACGGCAAGCUGCGCGGGGUCUUCUUCAGCUGCAACACGGAGUUUGACACGGGCCUCCCCCCCAGAGACUCCCCCUACGGGCCCCUGCGCUUCCAGGUCCCGGCCGGAGUUCUCCUGAACCCCAACAUCCGCCUGUAUUUCGCCGACUUCUACUGCAUGUACACUGCCUACCACUACGUGGUGCUGGUUCUGGCGCCCGCGGGCUCGGAGGGAGACGCCUUCUGUGGCCCCCGCCUCCCCCGCUUGGACCUGGCCUCCAACCCCUUCCUGACGUACACCGCCCCCCAGCAGCUGGGCCAGGGGCCCGAGUACCGCCACGCCAGCGACGUCAUCCUGGAGGUGCUCUUCACGGAGCCGGUCCAUUUGGAUCAGGGCAGCGUGGAGCAGAUCAGCGGGCACCACCAGCUCAUGAGCCUGACCACGGCCGACGCCAAGAAAGACCCGAGCUGCAAAGUGUGUAACAUCAGUGUGGGGCGCUGAGGGGGACACACACCGGGCCGUGUGGGCCUAAGGUUCUGAGGCAGAACUGAUGUCAGCGUGAGUCAGAACACGGGCUCAGCUGUCAGGGUGCGCAUGCCACUGUCCCUGGAAUAGAAUAGUAUUAUUUAAACAGUGGACUCUUGAAGUUUCACAGAGCUCUCUUGUGGUCACAGAUAGAAAUACAGUAAAUGUCCUUUGACCUUUAGUUUAAAACAUCAUUGCCUCUUUUGUGUUUGUGUCAUUUCACCUUUUCAAUUAACGUUUGUUCCUUAAGUUAUAUUGGAAUUCCUGCGCUUUGAUGGACCACUAGGUUUGAUGUGAUGUCAUCAAAUCCUCUACGUCUUCUGGCACAAAGUGACAUCCAGAUGUACUUUGUGUUCAUUAAGGCAUCAUUCAUGUUUUACUGUAGUUUUACCUUUAGUUCUCAGCAUCCGUGCCAAAACGCUUGACGCUUCUCUAAAAUCUAAUUGUACAGGUAUUAUUAGAGCUGUUCUAAUCGUUCAUGUAUUGAGGGUUUGAUGGAUCGGAGGAAGGUAACGGGGGAGAUCCUCUCGCUCCAGUCCCUGCAUCUAGUCUCUGGCAGCGUGUGUUGGUUCUCUAAACAGGGCUGAGCUAAGAUUAGCCUCUCCUGCUAUGGGGCUUGUGCUUGUCGCUCUCCGGUAAUCUGUGACCUAUAUGGGAAUCCCAGAAAUGCCCAAAGUGAAAGGAAUGCCCCCCACCCCCCACCCCCCAAUGCAGCGGCAAAGCAUCAGCUGGUAAAAUGUGAAGUGAAACAAGAGUGUGUGGACUGAAAGACUGAAAGGUCAACUGUGAGCUGAUUGUGAAAGAAGAGCCGACAAAAAGGUUAAGGUCAAGCAACAACUCUACAAUCCAUUUUAUAUGAACCAGAUGCUGAAAUUGUAUAAAAACAAUACAAAGGUAAUAAAAAACACCCAACUCCA